AUGGAAUUACUGGCAAAAGCAGCUUGGAGAUUAUGCAACAAUUCGCACCAGAUGUGUGCACAAGCUUUGAAAGGAAGGUACUUCCCAGAUACACCAGUUUUACAUGCAAAGAAAAAGAAAAAUUCAACAUGGGCUUGGCAGAGUAUUUACAGUGUUAUGCAUUUCAUUCGAACUCACAGUUUCUGGGUUUUAGGAAAUGGUAAAAACAUCCUCACUUGGAAAGAUAAUUGGAUACAAGAAAAAGAAUCUCCACCAAUUACAAUAGCAUAUUUUGAAGUGGCUGUUAAUUACCACACAGUCUCUGACCUAAUUGAUGCAGACACAAGAUCGUUGAAGCAUAAUAUUAUUUACCAACUUUUCUCAGAAAGAUGCACGCCAAAUAUUAUCCAUGAGAAUACCAUAUACCUGCACAGACAGAAUAAUAUGGAAGCUAAUAAGAAAUGGGAAUUUUAG